UGGCAGUUGUGUCUUCUGUGUCCCUGUGGAUGGCCUAAGUUUUGAGAGAGAAAUAUGAACAACUUUUGAAGAUGCAUUCUUAGGAAGAGUUCAUGAAUGGUCAAAUCAACAACUUGCAUGCUUGUAGUCCAUAAGUGGCUGAACUUCACUUCGAGCCAAUCAAGGCCUAGUCAUAGUUACAAUGCAGGAACAAUUUCGGCUCAUUGCAGAUGAUUUGCAGCGCAUCAGAGUGGGCAUAAAAGGGAAUCCAUUUGUUGUGGACGAACUUAAGAGUGGGUCACUUUUGCCUGAAGAAGGCUGUGACAGAUUUAAUUUGUCAUUCCAGCUUGCUGAAAAUACCAUCAAAUGGGAAGUUAUUUUUGAUAGAAACGAGCCAAAUUUGCCUCCUGAUGUUGUGUUUGGUCCUGAUGAUGAAGACUUUUGUCCUGAUCUUAAUAAGCUUAAAGGUUACUAUGAUUGGGACUACACUUCAGAAACAUGUUUAUCUGACAUGUUAAGUAGUCUUUUUGGUCACUAUGUCCAUCAUCAGAGGCAUGGCAUUUCGACACUCCCCGUUUUGAGUGAACAAUGGAAGGAACUUUGUGAAACCAGCAACUACACAGCAAAGUGUGAAACAUAUCACAGUACAAAUGGUUUUGGUACCCAUAACGCUUCAGCAUCUUUCUUAUUUGAAUUCAUAAUAGACACAUCACGUCUUCCACCCUAUUUAAUCAAGGAAAAUCUCGGAGAAGAUAGUGCAGCACUGCAUAUUUCCUUUCAGCCUCCAAACUUUUCAAAAAUUACUCCACAGCUUUACCUAUCUCCAAGGUUAAGGAACGCUGUUGGUGGAUCUUCGUCGUUGAGGCUACCACAUUAUGGCUCUUCAGAUCUGAAAUCAUACAUUGAAAAGAUUGACGUACUUCUCGCCAGCACGGUGAGAGAUAUUUCAGAACGUUUUGAAAGAAGGAAAAUAUUAGUUGCAAAAAUAUUAUCUGAGUUUCACGGUGCUGUUAUUGAAUACGAUGCGUCAGGUUUCAAAGAGAUUUCCCUGUUGCUUAGCCAUUGCAAUAUAUUUUUUAUUCUAUACGUUGUACUUGGAGACCGCUUUCCAGAGUCGCCUCCUGUUCUAGUCGUACAAUCAACGUACCAUAUGUCGGAUAAAGGACCGUAUCGGCAAACGUAUAAAGAAUACCCGUACAGUCCACGCUGGGAUUCAAUAGAGAUAGUUGAAGCCAUAAGAAAAUUCUUAAACAGAAUGAUUCCAGAAUUCAAGAAAGAGUCAUUUCGAAUUGGACUGUAAAGCCACUGGUUGCCAGUUACUGUACAGGAUCUGGGAAAUAGCAUUAAAUUCAGCAGACUCAAAGGAUAAAGUACUUUUCAAUUACGAAAUUUAUUGCAACUAAAAUCACUAAUAUACGAGCUCCUGUCUGCAUUUAUAAUACCCAAUUCUUGCUUAAGUUUUAGGUCUUUUUUUCCUCCAGGUACAAUUUUAUACAUAAUUACAUUUAAGAUUUUAUUGCUUUCAUGCACAUAGCAGAUUCAAGCAACAAGCAA